AAUGGACUUCAUCCGGAGCCGAGUGCACUUGAUCCAAGCCACCUGACUCGACAAUAUACCAUGAGUUCAAAAUCAUCUCUACUCUUUAACAGGCGUAGCCAGAAUUCAUCGAGGCUUCCUGCACAACCACCAUCCACGGACCCGUGGGAACAUGCUCUUGCGCUAUACAUGAAGGACCUGGACCCGUUGAAACAACACAAAUUUCAAGCCCCGACAACGGUUGAUGAGUGUCUGGAAGCUAUAGUCCUGAAUGGACAAAAGCGGCGAUCGUUUACCCGUAUUCUCGAAUUCUUGAGACCGCUGAUUGAUCCGUUGAAACGGUUUGAGAGUGCGAUUGACGUUGUCGUACAAGUUAACGCUGGCAUCGCGUCGCCCAUUUGGGGGCCGCUUCGAGUUGCACUCACGAUCGCCGCCCAGCAUCUGGCAACCCUGGAAACGCUGGUUAUCAUUGUGGACAAGAUCGCUCACUCUGUGCAGCGCUAUGAGAAUUUGAAAACGCUUUUCGCUGAGCAUGAUGGCGUGCGCGAUGCUGUUGGACGGCUCUAUUGUGAAUUACUACGUCUUUGCGCGUGCAUAUCGAAGUACGAAACGAGUCGCAUUCGGUAUAUCUUGAAUCCAUUUGGGAAAGAAUUUGACGCUGUUUCGACGGCGAUUGAUCAGCGUGCUCUGGAUGUUGAGCGUGCGGCGCAAGCUGCGCAUUUUGAGGAAUCGAAAGUGGCGAGGGAGAUCUUGUUGGCUGAGACACAAGAACAGGAUGCGCGCCGGUUACGGUGUUGGUUGGGCCCGGCUUGUGUUGAAGAUGAUCUUCAAAGACGGGGUUUAGAGUAUCUCCAGGGCUCUGGGGACUGGAUUUUGCAAGCAGAGGGGUUCAAAAAGUGGUACAGCUCACCAAUCAGUCAUGUAUCUACGGGGACCAACUGCUCGCCUCCCAGUAUAGCAUCGGAGUCUAUGCUUCAGGUCAUCGGGAGACCUGGAAGUGGAAAGAGUAUACUAGCCGCUUACUUGGUGAACCAUCUAUCCCAGGCUGAACGAGUGGGAUAUUUCUUCUUCGAUAAGCAAGACUCUGAACGGAACAUGAUGAUCCAUGCUGCAAGGACUAUUCUCGCUCAGCUUCUCAAUUUCUAUCCCGAGUUUACAGACAUGCUUAUGCCCGUGUACAAGCAGAGCGGUCGCGUGGUCGCAGACUCUCUGACAGAAGUGACGAAAAUGCUGAAACAAGUACUGGGUCAGCUUUCCUCUCGACCCGACGCUCAAUUCCAUUACAUUGUCCUUGAUGGUAUCGAUGAAUGUGAAGAUUGGCAGGCGUCGAAUGGUCAUUUUCUUGGAAGUCUCCCCAAGAAUGGAUCGUUCAAGAGAGUACUGUUUUCACGAGUCCCAUCGGCUUCGUUAUCCUCGAAUGUACCGUCGAUGGAUCCCCUGAUCGUUACCAUGGAGUCAAACCAGAAUGGGGACAUACGAGCAUACGCCGAAGCCCGGGUUCAGAAGAUGGUUCACAUCGCAGAUACUGAUCUUGGUCUCCAGGUCGUGAGCAGGACCGCCGAACAGGCUGACGGUCUUUGGUUAUACGCGCGACUUUUACUGGACGAGAUAGCGCGUGCUCCAAGCCGUGAGGUUGUCGAGUCGAGUCUUGAUUCUCUUCCAUCAGGCCUGGAAGAACUAUACAACCAUAUCCUGUGCACAAAUGAGGCCAAGAUGACCGAUGCUGAGAAAGUCUUUGCCCGAUAUCUGUUUCUGUGCGCGGAUAUUAGCAACUAUAUGCCCGACUUUCUUGCUCAAACCACGGAUAGUCUUCAACAGGGUAUGCUGGAUCUAGUCUUUCGUUUCGCCAAUGGAGGAACCAUGCCGUUUGAUGUUCCGAAAUUGGCAGAGAGACUCGGCGCGCCAUUGAUCGAAGUCUUGCGCCCCACAGAGCACACAUAUGAGUUGAGAUUCGUCCAUCUAUCCAUCUAUCAGUAUCUCGCAGACUCAACCGGAUUAGCUAAAAAGGGGGAACCCCCAGAGCUGAUCCAGACUCGGCAGGUGCGAGGACUCUACAGAGGUGCCGUGGCCGUGUGGUACUUUACGAAAUGUCUAGACUCGGAACUGCAUUUGCGCGCCCUUCAGAGCAGCAAGUCGGAGCUCAGUCUCGAGCAGUGGUCUGAAUGCUACUUCCCAAUGGCAUACUGCUUAUGGGAUGCUCUGAAGAUACGAGGCUGCCAUCUGCAGCGUCUCUCAGAGCCCUUGCUCGAUGAGGCACAGAACACACUCGAGACACUGACUGCUUUCUUGUGUACGAAGAGCUGUCUCCGAUGGUUCGAACUUUCUACUAUAAUCAACUACGCCGGGAACUUCCCACAAUUACUCGAAAGAAUCCUCGAAGCACUCGAGAUUGCUCAGUUUGAGCAGGAGAAUAGUUGGAUUUCAAGUGCAUACAAUCGUUUUAACAGGGCACGUCUGACAUUUCUUAAUGAGUGGCAACUCAUUAUGCUACAGACUACUCCAUGGAAAAUACCCGUUGGAGAAUCAACCGGCCCAGUUCAAGACAUAAGAAGACCUGGAUUUGAUGAUGGUGUUCCGGUGCAAAUCAUGUUGCAUAUUGCCGAGAAAUGGAGUGCAAAUUUUAUGAUGUUCGGUACAGCUCGUGUGUCCCUCGACGGGAACUCAGCGGCUCGAGCUCGAUGUCCGAGGUGUUUGGCCCUGAUGGGCCAGAAGGACAUGAAGAAGCACUGGAUGAUGGGAUGUCGGAGAAGGAGGUGACCCAUUGAAAUAUGGAAGCUAUUUUAAUCUAAGCACUAGCUAGAUAUCAAUGCUAUUAUAUCGUGGGAACGAGGGCGUUCGAAAAGAGGGCAUAAUUAGACUCGCCCCUGGUAUCCAGGACGGCAAACAUAAUCUCUUCAAAUACACCAUUCCACUCGCUUUCCUCCAGAACCUCCUUGUAGAUCCUGGCAACCUCGGCUGGGGGAUUCUGGAAUGCACCGCAGCCCAUCGCGCCCAACACGCAAUGCGUGAUCUUGUUCUGCGCAAGAAUUCGGAAAAUCUGUCGCAUUUUGUUCUUCAGGAUUUCAACAUCCUGCGGACGAGCUAUUUUCUAUUAGCAUCAGCCAUGAAAAACAUUAGUGGGGGAGUAUCAAUGUCACUCACCAAACCGUUUCUUAUCCAUCGUCAGAGCCGGACGCCUCAAAGCCGGUAAACUAAUGACGCUCACCGAAAAGAUCUCAUCAGGCUGAUAAACACGACCCCACGACCCAAUCUCGUCCCUGAAAACCGCUACGUUGGGUGACCAAAUCGCCCCCAGGACGGGAAUCGGAUAGAAUCGUUUGUACAGCGUCGCAGCCAAUGUGCUUCGCAUACACAAGGCUUCUUCUUGCGCUAGGGCUCCGCGAAGCCAGCCUCCGCCAGGAUUUUUUUCACUGGCCAUAUUCAAGACUCCAAUUUUGGCGGAUGGAUUGGCAUCGAGGAUUGUUUUGGCUGCUGUGAAGCUGUCCAUGUUUACGACUGAGAGUUUUGGUUUGGUUGCGGUGGAUGUAGCCGAGAGAGCGGGCAGGAGUUGAGAGUAUAAGAUUGCUUCGUUGGUGGCACUGGUCGUGUUGAGGAUAGCCGGAGUGAGCGACUGAGUCUCUGCGGCGAGUGCUUGACGCUCGAUUUUGUUUGGAGGCUUCGACAUGUUUGGGACUGGGCGAUAUGGUGAUGGGGCCUAUUCUAGGACGAGAAGUGGUGGAUUGGUUGUUUGGAUUGAAUAGUGAGGAGCUUUGGUAGCUAUUUUAUAGAGUUGUCGGUUAUUGUGAGUCACUGGAACAAUGGGUAGCCAAGGCAUACUCGAAAGGCUUACAGAACCAGCGAAUACGAGACAUGAUGGGGUGAGUUCAUGAUGAUCUGCUGUUGGCCCGCUGCCAAGUCCUAUACCUUGCCGCUUAGGGUGUCCG